AUGCAAGAGGGUGAGUUUGAUAAUGGUCAUGAUGGUGGUUUGGCGAUUUGGGGGAGCGGCGAUGUGGGCUCCUGGUGGUCGUUUGGUGUUUCAAUGUCAAUAAAGAUCCUUAACCCUGAGGUCAGGAUAAUAGAAAGUUCUAAAGCCAUCGAGCUUGCACUAAAAGGCCCUCAACUCCAAAAGAAAAGAAAAAUUCAUAAAAUCCAAAAUACAAGGCAUCGUCUUCUGUCGCACCAUCCACCAUUACUAUUCUUAAGGAUUUCAACACCAUUAGACUUGAAUGUCUCCAUCCAACCCACCACCAUUGUCGAUUCCAGCUUUGAGAGUGAGGAACUCCCAUUCUCAAAAACUCGUCGAAGGUCUCAAUCGAGCUAG